AUGAGAAAAAGGAAGACAACAGAUUCACCCCAUUCAUCCACAGAUCUGAGUGAAGGGAAGGAGAAAUUAAGACUGAGGCAAGAGGUUGGCCUGAUUAGUGGAGUGUCAUUAAUUGCAGGCACUAUGAUAGGCUCGGGUAUCUUUAUGUCCCCUGAGUGGGUGCUACAUCAUAUGGGGAACCCUGCCAGCAGCCUGCUUAUCUGGGCAGCGUGUGGUCUCCUGGCCAUGUUUGGAGCCUUGUCAUACGCUGAGCUUGGAACCAUAAUUAAAGAAUCUGGAGGAGAAUAUAUUUACAUCUUGAGGAUUUUUGGUCCUUUUCCUGCUUUCCUUUUCGCCUACACUUCUGUUAUCCUGGUGAGACCAGCUGGCUUGGCAGCUGUCUGUCUGAGCUUUGCUGAAUAUGCCGUUGCGCCGUUCUACCCUGGAUGCUCGUCUCCACAGGUUGUCGUCAAAUGUACAGCUGCUGCCUGCAUCCUGCUUUUAACUAUCAUCAACUGUCUCAACGUGAGGCUGGCAACGUCUAUUAUGAACAUUUUUACAGCUGCCAAGCUCUUGGCUUUGUUGGUGAUUGUGGUGGGUGGAUUGGUGCUGCUUGCCAAGGGACAAACUCAGAGUUUUCAAAAUGCUUUUCAAGAUACGACUGCAGGUAUUGGGGGGGUUGGAGUGGCCUUUUACCAGGGACUCUGGUCUUAUGAUGGGUGGAACAACCUGAACUAUGUAACUGAGGAACUGAAGAAGCCUGAGGUGACCCUUCCCAGAGCUGUGAUGAUUGCCAUUCCUUUGGUUACGUGCCUGUAUUUGCUGGUAAACGUCAGCUACUUAGCAGCCAUGACUCCAGCUGAACUGCUGUCUUCAGGAGCUGUGGCAGUCACUUGGGGAGAUGUGGUCCUGGGCAGUUGGGCAUGGCUCAUCUCUCUGUCAGUGGCACUGUCUACGUUUGGCUCAUCGAACGGCACGUUCUUUAGCGGAGGUCGCGUGUGCUACAUUGCUGCAAGGGAAGGCCAUAUGCCAGAUAUUCUCUCUAUGGCUCACGUGCGAUGCCUCACGCCCUCCCCUGCUCUGCUGUUUACAUCUGCCAUGUCUUUAAUAAUGAUAAUAUCAGGAAGCUUCACCAGUAUUGUGAACUUUUUCAGUUUUAUAGCAUGGCUUUUCUAUGGCAUGACUAUUUCUGGUCUCCUGUAUUUAAAAAUCAAGAAACCAGAACUGCCAAGAUCUUACAAGGUCCCAAUUUUCAUCCCCAUAAUUGUGCUGAUGGCAGCUGUGUACCUGGUGUUAGCUCCCAUCGUUGAUCAACCCCAAAUUGAGAUGUUGUACAUCGUUCUGUUCGUUUUAAGUGGCAUCAUUCUUUAUUUCCCACUGAUUCGCUUCAAGUGCCACCCUCGCUUCUUACAGAGAGUCACUUUACAUCUCCAGUUGUUCCUGGAAGUUGCUCCAGCCACCAGGGAUGCAAACUGA